AAGCGGAGCAUGGUAACUUCUCCUGCAAUCAGAGCUCUCCCCCUCACAUCAGUGGCACGCUUCAUGGAGAUAUGCUCCUCUCACUGCCCUCUGCACCAGCAACAUGGAUUGUCACGUCUCCAUCCUCCUCUUUCUCAUCUGUUCGCUGCUCAGCUGCUGCGGGGAACUGAUGCUCCAUCCUGCCAAUGAAGUUAAUCUACUGGAUUCAAAAGCAAUUCAAGGGGAACUGGGCUGGAUCUCCUAUCCAUCACAUGGGUGGGAAGAAAUCAGUGGUGUUGAUGAACACUAUACUCCUAUCAGGACCUACCAGGUGUGCAAUGUCAUGGAUCACAGUCAGAAUAAUUGGUUGAGAACCAACUGGGUCCCGCGCAACUCAGCUCAGAAGAUUUAUGUGGAACUCAAGUUUACCCUGCGAGACUGUAAUAGCAUUCCCUUAGUACUGGGUACCUGCAAGGAGACUUUCAACCUGUACUACAUGGAGUCCGAUGACGAUCAUGGGGUCAAAUUCCGGGAGCAUCAAUUUACAAAGAUUGACACUAUUGCAGCUGAUGAGAGUUUCACCCAAAUGGAUCUCGGGGAUCGAAUUCUCAAACUCAACACGGAGGUUCGAGAGGUAGGACCUGUCAGUAGGAAAGGCUUUUAUCUGGCUUUUCAAGACGUUGGCGCCUGUGUGGCCUUGGUGUCAGUGAGAGUAUACUUCAAAAAGUGUCCUUUCACAGUAAAAAACUUGGCUAUGUUUCCAGACACAGUUCCCAUGGACUCUCAGUCCCUUGUGGAAGUGCGGGGAUCUUGUGUUAAUCAUUCCAAGGAAGAGGACCCACCCAGGAUGUACUGCAGCACAGAGGGCGAGUGGCUGGUGCCCAUUGGCAGGUGUUUAUGUGAUGCUGGCUAUGAAGAGAGAGGUUCUGCGUGCCAAGCUUGUCGAUCUGGUUUCUACAAGGCCUCUGCCGGAAAUAUGAAGUGUACCAAGUGUCCACCUCAUAGCUCUACCCAUGAAGAUGGUUCAGUGAACUGCAAGUGUGAGAAGAAUUACUUCCGGACGGAGCAAGACCCCCCUUCUAUGGCUUGCACCCGACCUCCAUCCUCCCCAAGGAAUGUUAUCUCUAAUAUCAACGAGACCUCUGUUAUUCUGGACUGGAGUUGGCCUUUGGACACUGGAGGUCGGAAGGAUGUCACCUUCAACAUCAUAUGUAAAAAAUGUGGGGGAAACAACAGGCUAUGUGAACCCUGCAGCCCACAUGUGCGUUUCCUGCCUCGCCAAAUUGGGCUCACCAACACCACAGUGACCGUGGUAGAUCUCCUUGCCCAUACAAACUACACAUUUGAGAUCGAUGCUCUUAACGGAGUAUCUCACCGCGCCUCCAUCUCGAGACAGUUUGCAGCAGUGAGCAUCACGACCAACCAGGCGGCUCCAUCACCCGUUACUGUAAUUAGGAAGGAGCAGACAUCCAGGAACAGUGUUUCUCUGUCUUGGCAAGAACCUGAACAUCCAAAUGGGAUCAUCUUGGACUACGAGGUCAAGUACUAUGAAAAGCAGGAGCAAGAGACAAGUUAUACAAUUUUAAGAGCAAGAGGAACGAAUGUUACCAUCAGUGGCCUCAAACCUGUUACAAUUUAUGUAUUCCAAAUCCGAGCUCGAACAGCAGCUGGUUAUGGGACUAACAGCCGCAAGUUUGAGUUUGAAACAAGUCCAGAUUCUUUCUCCAUUUCCAGUGAAAAUAGCCAAGUUGUAAUGAUUGCCAUUUCGUCUGCAGUAGCUAUUAUUCUUCUUACUGUCGUGGUGUACAUACUGAUUGGGAGAUUUUGCGGAUAUAACAAAUCAAAACCCAAUACAGAUGAGAAGAGGCUUCAUUUUGGAAACGGACACUUAAAACUUCCAGGCCUCAGAACUUACAUAGAUCCACAUACCUAUGAAGACCCUAACCAAGCCGUUCAUGAAUUUGCCAAGGAAUUGGAUGCUACAACUAUAUCAAUUGACAAAGUUGUCGGAGCAGGUGAAUUUGGAGAGGUGUGCAGUGGCCGCCUAAAGCUUCCUUCCAAAAAGGAAAUUUCUGUUGCCAUCAAAACCCUGAAAGUCGGCUACACUGAAAAGCAAAGGAGAGACUUUUUGGGAGAGGCAAGCAUCAUGGGACAGUUUGACCAUCCCAACAUCAUUCGACUGGAAGGAGUUGUUACCAAAAGUAAGCCUGUCAUGAUCGUCACUGAAUAUAUGGAGAAUGGAUCUUUGGAUAGUUUCUUACGGAAACACGACGCCCAGUUUACAGUCAUACAGCUGGUGGGGAUGCUUCGGGGAAUAGCAUCGGGUAUGAAAUACCUAUCAGACAUGGGCUAUGUACAUCGUGACUUGGCUGCUCGCAACAUACUAAUCAACAGUAACCUGGUGUGCAAGGUCUCAGAUUUUGGUCUUUCGCGUGUUUUAGAGGAUGAUCCCGAAGCUGCUUACACAACAAGAGGAGGAAAGAUCCCGAUCCGGUGGACAUCUCCAGAAGCCAUUGCAUAUCGGAAAUUUACAUCAGCCAGUGAUGUAUGGAGUUAUGGGAUUGUUCUCUGGGAGGUGAUGUCCUAUGGAGAGAGACCAUAUUGGGAGAUGUCCAAUCAGGAUGUAAUUAAAGCUGUGGAUGAAGGCUACCGACUGCCGCCUCCCAUGGACUGUCCAGCUGCCUUGUAUCAGCUGAUGUUGGACUGCUGGCAGAAAGACAGAAACAACAGACCUAAGUUUGAGCAGAUUGUCAGCAUCCUGGACAAGCUUAUCCGGAAUCCCAGCAGCCUGAAAAUCAUCACCAGUGCGGCUGCAAGGCCAUCCAAUCUUCUUCUGGACCAAAGCAGCAUCGAUAUCACCACCUUCCGCAAGACUGGUGACUGGCUCAAUGGCAUCCGGACAGGACAGUGCAAGGAGAUCUUUACAGGCGUGGAGUACAGUUCAUGUGAUACAAUAGCCAAAAUUUCCACUGAGGAUAUGAAGAAAGUUGGUGUCACUAUUGUUGGGCCACAGAAGAAGAUUAUCAGCAGUCUUAAAGCCCUAGAAACACAUACAAAGAAUGGUCCGGUUCCUGUAUAACUGGAUGGUCCAGUUGGUCAGGACGAGGAGGAUGCCAGGAUGACUGAGAAUCUACCAGAUGUAGGGAGGAGGGUGGAUGACAGUGAUGGGGACAGUGGUGGAAAUUCCACACCCACUAAAACACUCAAAUAUGAGUACAAAUGCCUUAAAAAUGGGAGUGAAGAAGUCUUUUUUUUCCUCUAUAUUUUAGUCUUAAAGGGUGGGCACUUUUCUCCUUAGAGUAAAUGAAUGAUUCUACAGCUGGGGGAAAAAGGAAGAUUUUUCAAAGCAAAAGGAGAAAAUGUAACAUAGAGCCAUUGGAACAAUAAUGAUUGACUGACUUACAAGGAAACAAAACGAAGUGGACAUAGAGGCUGGGUUUGAGCAAUAGCAGCCAAAAAAGAAAAUAAAAGACACAGUAUUUUUAUACACAGAAGAGAUCUGUAAAAGGUAUUUUGUUUCUUUAAAAACAAGCAAAAUGGAGGAAUUUAUACCUCAACCUAUCUGGCCAUAUUUACAAUCCUGUCAUUGUAAUAUUCUCCUUCAACCGUCAGAGAGUAUACAGAAAUAAACAUUGUAGUGAUUUCAAGUAUUAGUUCACAAAUGAGUGUUUUUGGCAUCUUGUUUACUUUUCUAAGUAAGCUUUUGUAAAAAAAAAAGUCUACAUUUUUUUGGGGGUGAGAAAUACAUAUUUAUUUCCUUGAUAUUUUUCUUGUUGUUUUAUAUUUAUGCUUGGUUUUCAUUUGGAUUUGUUACUGCCAAUACUGCCUUACAGUGUCAGCAGUAGGAAUCCAUGAUUAACUUACUUUCUAUAUUUGUUAAACAGUCAUGACACCCUUUCUAGUCAUAUAUACACAUAUGCAUAACUCUGUAUCCAAAGCGGGAAAACCCUUCCACAGGUCAUAUGUUAAACAAGCUCUCACCGUGAACUCUCCUAAAUAUCUGAUGUCUCUGUUUCAUAGUAAAGUCAUGUUAGGCUACUCACCUAGCAUAAUACCCUAGUUUAUAGGUAUUUAAACUCUCUUCUUAGUGGCACAGCAGACCUGCUCAAAUAUUUCCCAAUCUCCAGAUCGAUGGAAAUGCCCACCCCUUUUGCUCAUUGGCUGUGGGUCCAUAGUGCCAAUAUCUAUACCAGUGUAGGUGAUGGAACACUCUUCCCUUUUGCUAUAUAGGAUGAAUCCACUGUCAGCCCUGCAAUUCUCUGUUCAUAACAAGGGUCAUUGCACUCGGAUUCUAAGUCUAAAUGGGCCAAAUCAUGCUAUCAAAUAUUUUCUACCCAUUGCCACAACUCAAGUUGCGCCUGGUUAAUCCAAAGUAUCAUAUAGCUACUACUGGUGACUUCCUAAAUGCAUUGGAUUCCUCUCACUCAAUGUCUGGGGCUUCAGUUUACUGAUCUGUAGAAAUUAAUGCAUUUAAAGAAGUUGGUUACAUACUCUUAUGGGGGUUGUGUGGUGAAUGUUAAUAAGACAUCAGUAUCAUCUUGAGGGGUUCCCCAGCAUGUAGUACAGCGGCUUUUUUCAAAGUAACUGAAAUGUAACGUAUAAAUUAGGCCACAGCCCUGAGACAACCCCUUCACCUUUCUUUUAUGAAUCCCUUUCCAAACUACUUUAUAACACUUAGAUAUUUCAAAAUAUAAGGGAAGUGAGUUCUCACUUUCCUAAGGAUACAGAUCAGCUCAUCUUGCUUGUGAGCAUGCUCAGAAAUAUCUGAUAAAAUGCGCUUGAUAGAAAACUAGCCACUAAUGGAUUUUGAAAGAUCAUUUUCCUUUAUUUGCAUUUAUUCUAACCUUUCUAAACCUGAAAUAUUGCAAAUGUCAGGGGGAAAGGAAGCACUUAAACAUCAACAGGAAGAAAAUCAUUAUCCUGUUCAGCAUUUUUGCAUGUGAAAUGAAACCUCACUGACGAAAAGUCACAACUUCUGAUAUGUGUCACAUCUAGUGAGUUUAAUUCAUCCCUUCGGAUUUAAGAUUAACAGCAUCAUGUAGUGUUGCUAGGAAUCAAGUGGACAUAUCAAAAUCCUAUGCUCAAUAUAUAUGACUAAAGCAAGUUUUUUCAAGAUAAUAGGAUGUCAAGAUUCUUCUCAACUGCUUAUAAGUCUCUUAAGAGGAAAAAAGCAUUAUAUUGCUUUUAAAGAGGAAGAAUUCAUUAUUUCAAGGUUAGAGGUCAGGUUGCUAAACUGCAUAUUCUGUAGGAAUAUUGCCUUUUCUCUUCUCAGAUACUGUAUGGAUCUCAUUCAGGGAAAACACCCAUUUCAUUGAAUCAUGGAAGGGUAAAGGAUCAAUUGAUUCAAUUUUGUUUUUAGUUGCAAAUAGGGCUUGUUUACACUAUCUUCCUCUCCCUCUCUAGAUGUUAUUUAUAAGUGGCCUCAUGAAAUUACUCUACACAAUUCUUCCCCUGUACAUAUGUAAGCAUAACAAUGUACGAUAUUUUAACUGUGGAGUAGAGGUACUAGAAUGCUUGUGGCCAUCUCCUUGUACAGGACCUGCAUUGAUUUUCAGCAAACAUGAAUCCACAACAAAUCACAAAAUUAUGUACCAUAUUAUCUGUUUUGUAUCUUAAAUAUAAUUUACAUAUAUUAUUUAUUUCUGUUAACAUAACAUAGUUUGUGCUGUACUUAGCAUUCAAUAAGCAGUGUAUAGAUGUGAUUCAAUUGGCAUAUGUACUUCUUUUAACUUGUAUUUUCAAAGCUUACUCCUUUAGUUUAUAUGUUGUGCAAUUGUAGAUGGCCUCUUACUAAUGUAAAAUGAUUUGUAGUGGAAACAUUUAUAUUUUUAUAAUAAACAUAAUGAAAGUAUUUUUUACA